UUCUGGGUAUUUUUGUUUUGUAACUUAUUGAUGUAUUUUGAAUGUAAUGUUAAAAACUAGAAAGAAAAAUAUGACUUCCAAAACACACUGUCACAUUUAAUUUUAAAAUGACAACACCUGUUAGUCAAGAUGGAACUAUUAAAGCUUGUGAAGAGGUGAUUUUUGUAACAACACUUGGAGCAGAAGAUCAAGCUGGCAAUGUAAGUGCCUGGGAUGCCAGAACUGGUAAUCUCCUCCAAACAUUUCGCAAUGGUUCAGCUUCGCCAAAUACUUUAUGCCUCCUUGCUGGGGAAAGUCUUCUAUCAGCUUCAAUUACUAAACCAAUUAUACACUUCUGGAAUAUGUUGAGACAGAGUCAGAAGCAUCAUAAAAUAAUCUGUGGAGGAAAAGUGUCAAGUUUAUCUUUGACUCCAGACAGUACUUUUAUCGCAGCUGGAAUAGAAGACAAAAUACAUCUCUGGCAGACUAACAAUGGAGAAUUGUUUAGUGUUCUCUCUUACAGCAGUGUAGAAGUCAAGCGGCUUAAAUUUUCUCCCACAGGAGAAUACUUGGUCGCAGCUUACAGAGAUGGGGCUGUAACUGUUUGGGAUCUUCAAAGUGUUGUAUAUUAUGAUCCUCUGCAAGUUGAAGAUCACAGACCAAUCAAUACAUUCCUAGGUCAUGCUGGGGAAGUCACAGACUUUCAUAUAAGUUUGACUAAUAGGAUAGCAUCUUCUUCAAUGGAUUUUACAGUCAGGCUCUGGCAUUUGUUAUAUAAAGAGGAAGUGAAAAUGUUUGAACUUGGAGCACCUGUCAUGUCAGUACUAAUGGACCACUGUGAACAAACUCUCUAUGCUGGUGAUGUCAAUGGAAAUGUUUAUGCUAUAGAUCUGCAUUAUCAACCUGCAGAGCAUUCUAUUCAUCUUGAUUUACGUGAGGAGAACAAAGGCUUUACAUUUCAUAAGGCUCAUAAUGCUGCUGUUAGGUGUAUGGCACUAACAAGAGACCAAAGUAAGUUGGUGACAGCUUCAAGUGAUAAAACUGUCAAAGUAUGGACAAUGAUGUCCCCUGUUUCACCUCUGGUUAUAACCCUCAAUGAGCAAGUCAGCAAUCUGCUUCUUGUGCCCACACCAAAGGCAUUUGUGUCCCCUGACAACAAACCCAAAAGGAUGCUUGGUAUCUUAAAGCGUCAUGUGCAUGGAACAGAGGCAGAGGGUGCUGAUGAUGAUGUGACUAUAGAGGUCAUAGCAGUUAACAAGCUUGAAGUGACUGCGGCUCCACUUGUACAAGAUGACACAGUGGAAACAUUGAAACAGAAAGCCAACAAACUGAAGAAAGCUAAUGAUGAAAUGUAUGAAUUUGCAUUAAAAGAAAUUGUGAAAUAACA